CCACUCAUGAUGGAUUGUCCUAGACUCCCUCCUUCUGUGUGUCAUCAUCCUUGAUUCUCUACCCUGACAAUUAUCACAACUCACAGUGAAAGUGUAUGUGUGUGUGUGAGAGAGAGAGAUAGGAGAACAGACCAGAGCGAGAGAGAGCGAUAGGAGAGCAGACCAGAGAGAGAGAGAGAGAGCGAUAGACUAUCAGACCAGAGAGAGAUUACACUAAGGAGGGAGGACCUGUUGACAUAUAUCUCUCAAGUCAGCCAUGAGGAUCUCCUUCAGGACUGGAAACUACCUCAGAUAACCUGACACCACUGCAAACAAGCAUACAGUCAACGCUGGGGCACAUGGACCAUGACACAACCAGGAUGACUCCACUCUGAGACCCACCAAGAUGCACAGAUUUGGAAUUAUGAACCACAACUGUCUCAACCAGCCUCCAGGAAGUUUUGUGGAGUGUGUAUGUCUAUCAUGAUGUGUUUUUGUUAUGACGAUCUGAUUGGAGGACUGACAGGUGGGAUGACUAAAGAGAGGCUGGAGGAACAGGCUCGUUAGUCUGCGCUGGUACCUAUUGUGAGCUGGCUGGAUCAACCUCGAGGGGGGCUCCCCUAGUAGCCAUGGCUGAGAUGGAGGAGUUCUCCCCCAUGUCCUCGCGGCGCACCCCACGCCGCACCCCCCGUGUGCUGCGCCUGGACCCGGCCCUGCUCCAGCGGCGCGUGUUGGAGGACCAGGUGGAACUGUGGUGGUUCCGCGAGCCGCGGCGCUCCCUGCUCUGCUACUGCAUCUCAGUGUGCCUCGUCCUGGGCUUGGGGCUGGGCGGCGUAGGCCUCCUCUCCACCACCACCAGCCUGUCCGGGGAGUGGCGCCUAGGAGUGGGCACCAUGCUCUGCCUCCUAGCUCUGGCUGUCCUCCUCAAACAGCUCCUAAGCUCCGCCGUCCAGGAUAUGAAUUGCGUUCACAGCCGGAGGCGGAUAGAGUUAAUGAAGAGCGGUGGGCGGGCGGACCCGGUGGUCAUCAUUUUCAUCGGGAUGGCUUUGGCACUCUGCGGAGGGGUCCUACUCUACAUGUCGCUGGCCAGCGGGCACCAUGGGCCCGGGCAGCGCCACAGGGAUAUGUUCCUGUCCGGGGUGGUGCUACUGUGGGUAGGGGGCACCACCGGGUUGGCGGUGGCUGGGUACUUGCUGGUAGUGCACCUCCAGCAGAGGAGAGAGAGGAGGAUGUUGCAGAGGCGGAGGAGGGGAGGGAGAGGGUUACGGGGCAGGGCAGUCAGGGUGUUUACGGUCUCCUCUAGUAGAACUAGCCUCAUCUGAGAGUGCAGACCCGGGUCUUGUUCAUUAGGCAACAAACGGCGUUGCCCUAAUGAACACUACCCUUGGUUGAAAUAGUAUUUGUAUUUCUUUAAAAGACUUGAGCUGUGCUUGAUUGAGCUUGCCUGGCGCAAUGGGACCAGAGCCAUAGACACUGUAUACAUCCCAGGUCUGUUGAAGAGGAGAGGAAAACAAGUGAGGAGAGGAGAGCAGGAGGUGAAAAGAGGAGGGGUGAGGGAGGCAAGUUAGGAGAGGAGAGACGAGACGAGACUAGGGGACUUAAUAGAUGAAGGGACUUGAGGGGAGGGAAAGAUAGGAAAGGGGUAUCACCACUCACUCUCCCGGGUCUGUAACAGAGUCCUGUGUUUUUUGCUGGCACUGUGACUGCGUCAUCCUGUUGACUAAUGCCCAUUGCAGACCGUGCCCACUAUGCCAACUAUGCCAUUCACCACUGCUGUGUUGUGGGAACCAGGCUGUGCAGGGUGACACCAGCCCCACGGACCCCCAGGACCCUCAGUCACACUGGCCAUUGUUUCUAUCAGUGGCAGAAUGAGCGCUACACUGCCGUCGUCACAAACAAGCCACUCGCAUUGGGGGAGACCCGACCAAGUCACAUUGUUCUAGUUCCUCUGUGUUGUUUUGACUCACUUGUCCUAUUUGAUGUUAUUAUAUUGACCCAAAUUUGGUAGUCUUAUCAGUGCUUAAUUUGUAGAUCGGAAGGUGCAGGAACACUUUUUUUUGCAUGUCAUCGGGUGACCUGGGGGGCUCAGAGGUACUGGAAAACAUGACAAAAUAGAUGCACCUUUAUAAUAAAGCAUAACGUGCAUAUCGUCGCAUUCAGCUAGUGGCAUAGAGUAGAGGCGCUUACAGAAGUUGCAAACAUGGGCAGUGGUGGAAAAAGUACUCAAUUGUCAUACUUGAGUAAAAGUAAAGAUACCUUAAUGGAAGAUAACUCAAGUAAAAGUGAAAGUCACCCAGUAAAAUACUACUUGAGUAAAAGUAUUUGGUUUUCAAUAUAGUUAAGUAUCAAAAGCACAUUUAAUUGCUAAAAUAUACUUAAGUAUCAAAGUACAAAUCAUUUAAAAUUCUUGUUUAUUAAGCAAAUCAGACGGCACUAUGUUAUUUUAAACAUUUUAAUUAACGGAUAGCCAGGGGCACACUCCCACACUCAGACAUUAUUUACAAACUAAGCAUUUGUGUUUAAUGAGUCUGCCAGAUCAGAGGCAGUAGGGAUGACAAGGGAUGUUCUCUUGAUAAGUGUGUGAAUUGGACCUGCUAAGCAUUCAAAAUGGAACUAGAACAUUUGGGUGUCAGGGAAAAACGUACGGAGUAAAAAGUACAUUAUUUUCUUUGGGAAUGUAGUGAAGUAAAAGUUGUCCAAAAUGUAAAUAGUAAAGUAAAGUACAGAUACCUAAAAAAACGACUUAAGUAGAACCCUUAGUAGCCUAGGAUGUGGGGAAAAUGUGCCCUUUUAUAAACGCAUGCAACUCUACGUACUUUUACGACUGCAGACUUUGGAAGAAUCUUUUUUAAUACCAUACAGAUGAUUGAAAUGACAGGCUGGUUUGACACUGACUAACUGGGAAUCUGAAUUCAUUAAAAAACAACCUAGUCUUGAAUCCAUCAAUAGCCUAGGCCUAGAUGUGUGGAGACACAUAUUGUACAGUAUGAGGAAGAAACUACACUCCUAAAAUAGCUUUCCAGUUUCACUGACUCACCCAAUGAUGUGCAGCGCACUUGUGGCAAAAGCCUAUCACUUUCUUGUUAUACUUUGUAAAACAUUGUCAAACAAUGCUGUUCGCUCAAUAGACCUAUUUGGAAGUUGAUCAAAUAUGUUGGUAGCCUACAGACAGAUUAGUCUUCUCUUUUAAAUGGAGUAGUAUUCUGAAUUAUUUCCUUUAUUUUUGUAGAGACAGCAGUAAUUCUAUAACUUUGGCAAAUGUAUUUCAAUGUAUCAGGGGUGCUGGCAUAUUAAAUAACUGAACAAACAAAUGUGAUGAAGUGCAAUGCUGGAGAAAUGAGAGUUGCAGGAUCAUUGUCUUUCAGAGCAGAGAGAGGGCGAGAGAGCAUAGAAAGUGACUCUCAUUCUAGUUCUGUAAGAGACAAGCGUGCUUUUCUCUCGCACCACAGCAACGGCCAUUCGUUGGUCUCAAAUAUAGGCUACAGUGUUGCGCAAACCUCAAUCAACUUUUUUUAGGGGGCAGGAAAAUGAAUGGCAAGGCAACUCAAAUUAACUUUGAUCGCUUUUAUUCACAUUUUUACAUUGCAAACAGUGAAAGUUAUUUAUCGUGCCACAAGAGGUACCGGAUCCUACCAAAUAGGUUUCCCGGAAAGGAACAGUCCAAAAAUUAGAGGUGCCGGAUCCUGUUUAAAUUAAGCACGGGUAGUCUUUCUAAUUAACAGUUAUGUGUAAAACAAAAACUAAAAAACAAACGCAGGGAUGGUUGCAAGGUCCAUAUUAGGACAGUCUCAGCAGCACUUGUUCUAAGCUGUCCUAAUAUGGACACCGCACACUUAUUUUGUAUGUACUGUAUCAGAUGAAUAUCAACUUUUUUACUAAUAUGAUGAUAUGGACUCAACAGCUACAGGUCAAUCUGUCUGUAUAGAUUGUAUAUUCUACUGUUUACCUAAAUGCUGAGAAAAAAAGUGACAGUGUAUAUAAACCUGAGAACUGUAAACAAUUGAUGAGAACAAACUAAGGUUAAUCUUUUCUCCAUGAGACUUAUUGUCUUAAUUCUUCAUCAAUUAUGAUAAAGUGGCAAAGAAAAUGACUGAAAAUAUGUUUUUUUUUGUACAAGAGCCGCAUUUCAAUAAUUUAUUACCAAGUAGAUUAUAAUAAAUGUAUCAAUAUCAAUGGUUACAUGGAAGUGUUGUUCAUUUUUAAGGAUUGACAAAACAACAUCACUUCAGCAUAGUGUUUGAUGGAUCUCGCAUCUUGAACAUAAUACAAUUUUUACAUCAUAUAAAAAGUGUCAAAAGACUACACAAACUGCCUUCAGAAAGUAUUUAUACCCCUGGACUUAUUUCACAUUUUGAUUAAUUACAGCCUGAAUUCAAAAUGGAUUACAUUGAUAAAUUGUCUCACC